AUGCCCAUUGUUGUGUAUGCUCUUCUCAACGCCCCGCAGAUCCAGCAAAUGGCCGACAAGAACCAUCCCAACAUCGUGCGGCUGCUUGGGUUUGCUGUGGGGGGGGACAUCAGGACGCGGCCAGAGCAGGUGCUCAUCUACGAGUUUGUGCCUAACGGCGACCUUGCAACCUUUGGAGUGCUUAUCCUUGUGGUUCUCACUGGUCGUACUCACAAUGCUGAGACUUCCAAGGGGAGCAUGCACGUCCUACCUUGGGUGGACGAGUGUCUGUCAAAGGGGGAUCUGGCGGGCCUGAAGAGUUCCGGCAUGGACGCCCCAAAGGAGGUGCUGCUGCGCCUCACUCAGCUCGCAGUGAGCUGCACGGUGGAUCGCACGGCAAACCGGCAGACCAUGGGAGAUGUUGCCAAUGAGCUGCAGGCGGUCAGGAACGAAGUGGGGGGGAAGGAGGAGGUGCGUGGCGCGGUUAAAGUGGAUGUGGAGAAUGAGGAGAGGAUGAGUGCACACAGGAUACACCAAAGCCUGGAUGAAGCAAUUGACAGCAUUAGCGAUGUUGUGUGA